AUGGAUCCUGACUUUGAGAUAUUUGACUCUUCGUCAUUUGAGGAGGAGAUAAUUUUAGCUCUUGCUAUUGAAGAAGAACGAUUGGGUAAUGAAAGAGGCUCAACAUCGCAUCGUAGGUCUAUUCCCCUUCGUGCAUUCAUUCGAAGAAAUUCGCUUGAAGGCCAUCAACGCCUCUUUCAAGAUUAUUUUUCUGAGUCCCCGACGUAUCCACCGAAUUUAUUCCGCAGGAGGUUCCGAAUGCAACGUCAUCUUUUCUUGCGUAUUCAAGCCGAAGUCGAAGCAUAUGAACCAUAUUUCGUCCAAAGAAGAGAUGCUGCUAAAAGACUGUGUCAUUCCUCGCUUCAAAAAAUAACUGUUGCAAUGAGAAUAUUAGCUUAUGGAGUCUUUGGAGAUUUUGUAGAUGAAUACUUGCGGAUUGCAGAAAAUAUAGCAACCGAGUGUUUGAAAAAAUUCGUUAAGGCUAUCAUUGGCAUAUUCUCCCAUGAAUACUUAAGAUCCCCAAAUGAGAACGAUAUAGCUAGAUUGUGCGCAAUUGGAGAUAGUCGUGGGUUUCCUGGGAUGUUAGGAAGUAUUGAUUGCAUGCAUUGGAAAUGGAAAAAUUGUCCAAGUGCUUGGAAAGGAAUGUAUUGUGGUCAUAUUCACGAAACAACUAUAAUUUUAGAAGCUGUAGCAUCAUAUGACCUCUAG